CUGUGCUUACCAUGCGAGGCAUGCAUCUAAGUCUGUGUCUGGCUCUGCUGCUGCCAUGGUGCAACCAGUGCCAGAUAACGGGCUCUGCCAGUGCCAAGCUGGGAAAAGAAGACACAGGAGACCUGUUGGCUGUCAAACUCGUAAACCGCAGUGGCAUCCUGGGCCCUCUGCUCCCCCCAGAAUUCCAUCCAACACCCCGGCAGACCAGAGCCCCACGUCCGGCCUCCCAGGUCUCCAAGAGAGCCCAGCAAGGGUCUCGCUUCACCCUGUCCCUGGAUGUUCCCACCAGCAUCCUCAGUGUCCUCAUAGAUCUUGCCAAGAACCACGACAUGAGAGCCAAGGCUGCUGCCAAUGCAGAGCUGAUGGCACGCAUUGGGAAAAGGAAAUAAAGGCUGGGGUCGUAUGGGCAAAGGCUAAGGGGGGCAAUUCUCAACUCACCAGGGUGGGUUUUCAAAAUCAGGUUAAGGGAUGGAUAGGUUAUGGGAAGGAAUGGUUGUUAUUAGAGGAAAAGACAUCUUGAAGUCUUUAAUUAGUUUAGCCCUUUAUCUGUUUUAUAUUUCUAUUGCAUAAUUCUUACCUCAUUUUAUGCCAAAAAGAUCUACUGUCUGCCUGUACAGAACCAUUAUAUAAAAAGAAUGAUAGAACAAAUUGUGCUAAUUAAAUGUCACUUAUCAAAUAUAAGAUGAAGCUGGUCUUUUGUCUCCGCUACAGUGGGCAAAAUGUACAAUUUGUGGGCAGAUAAUCUUCUGAAAUAGUAAUAGGCAGGGAACUAUUUGGCGUCUGUUUAUUGUUUUUAUUUGUAUGUGUAACAAACUAAGGAAAGGUUGGAAAAUAAAAUCAGAUAAUGUAACCUAAUUUCUGUGUGUACAGCUUGCUUCUUCUGCAUUGACGUCAGAGGCGUUUAUUAAUUACAAGCAUCAGUAACCAAUAAAGCACUAACGAAUAAGUAAUAUCACCCUGCGUCAUUCCCAACAAGAAGACUGAUAACAGGACUAUGGCAUAGGGAGGAAACUGACCUCAGAGACAGAGGUCCCUGUUAGAGAUCAUCCAUCUAGUUGAUUAAUGCUUGAUGCCAAGUCAAUUGGAUAAUUAAAGCAGCAAUGCUGAGAGUAAUUUUUAGUCACAGCACAGACCAUUACUUAACUCAGAUAGAUACAUAAGCAAAUUACAAAUAAACAUUCGUCUGGACUCCUGGAAGUACUGGAUGGUGUGCAGGUGG